UAUUGUGAAUACUCGAUGCAUGUAGCCAGACAAACUGGUCCAACUAGUACAGCUACGUACAAUCAUAUGGAUAUCAGGCAUCUUAAAUCUUCACCCCACAUCUACGCAGGACAGAAGAGAAGACCUCUAUUUCUAAAUUAUGGUAAAGUCAUGUUUCAGACAGCUGGAUCCUCGUCUGAUCCUCCGAUGGUCAUGAAGGCUUCAGAAUCUGGAAGUGUUACAGAAUUAAAUGACCUUCCUGUGGAAUCCAAGCAGAUUAAACCGUAUCUGCUGGAGCUGAGACGCAGAGCGGAGAAGGAGCCUGUUGUUAAACCACAUCCUCAUUUAUCUGAUAACUUCCUGAUCAGGUUUCUGAGAGCCAGAGACUUUGAUGUGGAAUUGGCACUGAAGUUAUUGAUUAAUUAUCAUAAAUGGAGAGAAGAGUGUCCUGAAAUAAGCGCUAAUCUGCAGCCGUCCUCCAUCAUCGGCCUCCUGAAAAACAAUUACCACGCAGUUCUCAGGUCCAGAGAUGCUGCCGGAAGCAGAGUGUUAAUUUACAGGAUCGGUCAGUGGAAUCCGAAAGAGUUUUCAGGGUAUGAAGUUUUCCGUGUCAGUCUCAUCACAUCUGAACUGAUUGUCCAGGAGAGUGAGACUCAGAAAAACGGACUCAAAGCUAUUUUUGACCUUCAGGGCUGGUGUUUCUCUCACGCCCUCCAAAUCACCCCCUCACUGGCAAAGAAGAUCUCCUGUGUCCUCACGGACUCGUUUCCUUUAAAGGUGCGUGGGAUCCACUUCAUAAACGAGCCCCGAUUCUUCCGUCCCGUGUUCAGUAUGAUCAAACCACUUCUGCCUGACAAAAUUAAACAGAGGAUUCACUUCCACAGCAGCUUGUACACGAUGAGCCUCGCUCAGUUCUUCCCUCCGUCCAUCCUCCCGCUGGAUCUGGGCGGCUCAGGGCCGAGUGUAGACGAGCAGUGUGAGGAAUGGACACAGCACAUUCUGCAGGCUGAAGGCUACCUACAGAGUCUGUGUGUGGAUUCAGGAGGCAACUCGUCUGAGAGCUGAUGAUGUCACCCUCACGAUGAUGUUCUGACUGAACGUCACACUUUUACAAUAUUACAGAAAGGAGAAUUUAUUAAAUGGUUGCGUCUAUUAUUCAUUGAGUUCAUUUAUAGCAACAAGUCUUUAGUGUUUUAGGGUUUGACUGACAUGAGGAUAAACACACAUGCAGGCCUCUGCCAAUAAUAAACUGAUUUUUCAGUGCA